AGGAUCUUGUGCACUUUUGAUUAAUCGUGUUUAUCCCAGGUUCGAUGUUGCACGCCAUGUUUUCGGGAAGAUUUGACACAAAGCCAAGCGAGGAUGGAUCUUACUUCAUUGAUCGCGACGGAACUCACUUCCGGUAUAUCCUGAAUUAUCUUCGCACUGGGCAGCUUCUUGUGCCUAAAGACGAGAUAAUUCGUGUGGAGUUAUUGGCAGAGGCCGAAUUUUAUCAAAUUGAGGGAAUAGUUAAUGCGCUGAGAGCAAGUUUCUUUAAAUAUUCUGCGAUCUUGUCAUUAGAACAACGCCAAACAUUGGUGAACUGGUUGAAGGAGACCGGGCCCAUCACAAUCGCCAGCGAGAAAUUGUUAUAUUGUGCCUCGCGUGAUGGCUGGGGCAACUUUCACGCGUAUUGUGACAACAAGGGACCGACUGUGACGGUGAUCAAGAGUGGAAACUACAUAUUUGGAGGCUAUACCGAUAAUGACUGGGCUGGUAGGUUACUUGAGUACCAAGAGACAGGUGAUGGGCUCCUGCAAGAGAUUAUGAUCAUUAUCAUAUUCUCUUGUGAGUACUGAUUGUCAAAGGGAACUGUGCAAUGUAGCCUGCGUAGCAAGCGUUCCCGCACAAAGAGCCUUUCAGCAUUCUGACUGCGCGUAAAUUGGAGCGAGAGCGAAAAUUCGACGAAGCACCACCCGCUGCCAUUCUCGUCCCCAUAGCCCUUUUCGCUCCUCUUAGCCGGCAGGGCCUUGGCACGAGAAUCGAAGGGCUCUGGAGAAAUAGGAUUUUCGAAUUAACUCGAAUUUUUUUUGAUUGGCUGUUUGAAAACAAAGAAUUCUUGAACGGAAGUCAGAAUGUUCGAGCCGAUUGCUUGCGCGAAAAUAUGAAACAGCUGCGACCAGCGGUGUUGAGCGGUGUUUAAAAUGGAGGACAUGGAGGAUUUGGGCCAUAUUGUUCAACUCACGGCUCAACACUUGUCGCUUUGUAACAAAACGGUUUUUUUAGAAACAACAGUUGAUAUAUUCGGCGGGGAAAGCAGCAAAGAGCUGGAAAUUUUAAAAGUGCUUGAGUUUUUAACUAGGUAAGAAAUUAAGUUUGGCGAUGGUUUACCAACGAAACUGUUCGACCCAUGUACAGAAAGGUGAAGAAUAUUAAAGAAUUCCGUUCAUUGUUGCUGGCAUCACUUUCUUUGCAGGAAUUGUCGAUCGUAGGGUCUUCUGUGAAAAGAGUUUGUGGCUCGCAACAGG